AAAUGAAAGUAUUCAAUCUUCAAAUAUGCUUUGUUUAUUGCUUCAAUAACUUGUGUGUCUGCCUACGCUAUAUUUAAUUUGAAUCUUAUAAACUAGCAAAUCAUUGUGAUAAUUGAAAUUAAUUGUUCGUGAACAGUACUUUAAUAAUUCAACUAUGGACGGUCCAACUCGACCACCUCCAUGUCAACUCCAAACUGCUGAUAAUCUUAACGACGAAUUGAAAGAAAGACUGACAGUAAGCGACACAGAGAAUGACAGCUGUCGAUGUGAUAAGACGCAGGGUGAGGUGAAAGUCAGAAGCAAGAGGUACGGCAGAGGAGCAGUCGAAUCAGGACUGACACAUGAGUGCGGAGUAUUCGGCGCCAUUGGCACCGGGGAUUGGCCGACACAAGUCGAUGUCGCACAAGUAAUAUGUUUGGGGCUCGUCGCUCUGCAACACAGAGGACAAGAGUCAGCUGGUAUAGUGACAUCGGAAGGCAAAAGUGCGCGCACAUUCAAUUCUCACAAAGGGAUGGGUCUUAUCAAUAACAUAUUCAACGACGAAGCUAUGAAGAAACUAAAAGGCAAUUUGGGCAUCGGUCACACACGGUAUUCAACGUCAGCUGCAUCAGAAGAGGUGAAUUGUCAACCAUUCGUGGUGCAUACCGCACACGGCGCGCUGGCCGUGGCUCACAAUGGAGAGCUGGUGAACUGCAGCAGCCUCAGGAAAAUGGUACUUGGACGAGGAGUAGGGUUAUCCACACAUUCAGAUUCAGAGCUGAUCACGCAGGCGUUAUGCCUGAAUCCGCCGGAAGGGGAGACCAAUGGACCCGACUGGCCUGCGAGGAUUAAUAAUCUCAUGAGGCUGGCUCCGCUGAGUUACUCGCUGGUUAUUAUGCUCAAAGACAAGAUAUAUGCUGUCCGAGAUCCAUACGGGAACAGGCCGCUGUGUCUUGGCAAGAUUCUGCCCCUUGGAUCUUCGUAUGCGUACAAACAGUCAUCAGCUCAGCAUGCUGCGGUUUUAAUGAACGGAAACGCAAAGAACGGAGUGGACGACAGGGCUGAAGGGUGGGUCGUGUCGUCAGAGUCUUGCGGAUUUCUUUCCAUAGGUGCCCGAUAUGUCCGUGAAGUAUUACCAGGCGAAAUUGUAGAAAUGUCACGGCACGGGAUUCGAACAGUUGACGUCGUGGAGCGGCCAGUGGAUAAGCAGCAAGCGUUCUGUAUCUUUGAAUAUGUUUACUUCGCUAGAGCGGACAGUAUAUUUGAGGGUCAAAUGGUGUACUCCGCGCGACUUCAGUGCGGACGCAUGUUGGCGCGCGAGUCGCCCGUCGACGCGGACAUCGUCUCAUCUGUGCCGGAGUCGGGGACUGCGGCCGCCCACGGCUACGCCAGACAGUCUGGGAUUCCGUUCAUGGAGGUGCUAUGCAAGAACCGGUACGUUGGUCGCACGUUCAUCCAGCCGUCGACACGGCUGCGGCAGCUCGGCGUCGCCAAGAAGUUUGGUGCACUCUCAGAGAAUGUAAAGGGAAAGAGGAUAGUGCUCAUAGAUGACUCCAUAGUGAGGGGGAACACCAUCGGGCCUAUCAUUAAACUGCUACGGGACGCUGGCGCCGGCGAGGUACAUAUAAGGAUAGCGUCUCCGCCCCUCAAGUACCCGUGCUACAUGGGCAUCAAUAUUCCCACACGCGAGGAGCUCAUUGCCAACAAGAUGGAGAGCUAUAAACUGGCAGAACACGUAGGUGCGGAUAGUCUGGAGUAUCUAAGUGUGGAAGGCCUCGUCAGUGCCGUACAUUACAACAUGAAUACGACCCCCAGUGAUGGAGUUGGGGGACACUGCACCGCCUGCCUCACGGGGGAGUACCCUGGUGGUCUCCCUGAUAACGUUGAUUGGUGAUAGUGAUACAGUUAUUGACGGUGAACGGUGAACAGCGCACUGCUGGUGAAGUCAUAACUUUGAUUACAGACAGGGACGGACUAAGGCCUGCGCAAUCUAGGCACUAACCUAGGGCCCGUAAUUUUUAAAACUACAACAAAGUAUGUAUCAUGACUGAAAAAUAGCUGCCUAGGGCACACUUUAGCCUUAGUCCGCCACUGAUUAUAGACUAUAGUGAUGGCAUUUAUUUAACACCUUUUGGGUGUCUCCGUAUACAUCUCAAGGUCUUAAUGAUUAGCGAAUGCGUAAUAUAUUUGGUUGCCACAGUUCAUAUAUUCACAAUAAUAAACUGCAUAAAAAUACAGAAUUUAUAUUUUUUGGAAAUUGGAUCUUAAUAUAAAGACCUUAAAAUAGAUUUUCUAACAUUUGUGAUUUUUGAGUUAAUGCAAUUUAUUAUUAAGCGCGCAAUAUUCGCAUAAGAAUGAAAGACAAAUUAUACGUACUCAUAUUCAAAGAUAAAAAAAAGAAAUUCCAUAAAUUUUAUAAUAUUACAAAGGGACACAUGUCAGGGAAUAAUUAAGGUGAGUUCACAGCAACAAAAUCUAACACUAGCCAUUGUCCGCAUAGUCCUCACUAGAUUUUAGUAGUGGUGCUUGUAAAAUAAAAAAGUAAUGUGUGCUGGGACACGCUAGAAGUGAAACUUCAAUGAACAACGCGAUAUAUCGUCUACAAGUCUCAAAGCGAAGUUAACGCCUCUUUUGUGACCGAAAAUCCUAAUGCAGGGUGUAUGGAAGUCUCACAAGUCUCAAAAAAAAAAAGGGCAAGUAAUUCUGAAUUGUAUGGACAUGGUCUUCCCCUUAAUUGACGAAUGUCUUAUUGGAGUUGUUAGUAUUAGUUGCUGUGGAAUUGCCUUUGCAGUUUUCCGACACUGGCUAAUCUAAACUAGCGUACGUAGAUGGGUAAACGCUCGUUACAUCCCAGGAAUUUAUGCUCAGUACAAUAUGAUUAUAUAUUUGCAAUGUCUGAAAUGUGGUUAUGUUCCAAUAUGUGCCUUAAAAACAAUUUCCAAGUUAGAAACUUUUAUUAUUGUAAAAAAAUCGUACUAUAUUUGGCAUAUAGUUCGAUUUUUUAAUGUAUUUGUGGUAAUACAGAUGAAUCAAGGCAAUGGAAUGCUCGAAUCUCUGCCAUCUUGGAUCCGAAUCUCACCUUCAUUCUCCCCAUAGUGUGUUGUUGAUUUUGAUAACUGACUCAUAUUUUCUUGGAGAAGAAAAAAAUUAAAAGAAUAGUAUAUAUA